AGCCAGUCCAGACCCCCCGAAAAGCAAAGGUCUCCUGCCCGUGAGAUCAAGGGGUUCCCUCCUCGAGCCACUAGAGGACGGCGUCAACCUAAGAAGUCCUCAACCUCCCGCCUUCAAGCGAAAGACCAUGGCCCAACGGGGCCAACGGGGGAGAAUAAAGAGGGCGGCGGCGGCCGUCGCCGUCAUCAGGCCAGUUAGUGAUGUUGGUGGUGAGGCAGAGAGUGAGUACGAGGGCGAGGCGAAGGCGGAGGGGGAGGAUGAAAGUCAGUCGGGGGGCGAAGGGGAAGAGGGAGAGAAACGCAGCAGGAAGAGGUCUGCGGAGCAUGACUUGUCCCCGCCGACUCCUAAGAAAUCUCGCUCUGAGCUUCGAGGCGGGCAGAAUGGUGGUAGCCCAGGGCGUGUCAAGAGGUUCAUAAACUCACUUAACCCCUUUCGAAGCAGACGAACUAAGACCCAGGAAAGCAGAGACGCCGAACCCACCGCUGCACCGAGCAAACCAGACUCACCGGAGCCGGCGGUAGAGUGCUACAUCUUCGAGGACGCACUCAACCCGAGAGACUCGUUUGACGACGGAGAGGAGGAUCAGAUGGCCCUGCGCUACCGCGACACCAUCGCAGAACUCAUCCAACUAGUCGAAGAUGCGCCGCACGCCAUCACGUCCAAGGAUCCCCUCGUACGAGACUUCCAGAGGAAGAAGCUCGAAGAAGUAAAGGCUGUCCUGGGCAAGAUCCCGAACAUUGCCAUCGCGAGAAGGAGAAUCGACAAAGAGCUCAUGGAGAUCCGGGAUGAAAAGCAGGCGAUUCUGACGGGGCGUACUAAUCUCGAUCGGGCGAGCAGGACGGCGUAUGUGAAGAAGCUCAGACGGGAUGAGGGGGCUUUGAUGAAUAUCCGGCAGAGGUCAAAUAGGCUCAACGAAAAGAUUUUUGUGUUUGGUGCAGAGGGCGCGGCGAUUAUCACCGAUUGGAUCAUGGAGACGAAGAAGCGCGUGGGUUUGGAGUUGGAGUUUGGGGCGAGGGCGCACAUGGUGCCGGAGUUUCUCGGGGAUCAGAAAGACGGUAAGGAGAUCUUUAGCGUGUGAGAAAUAGACCAGUUGCGGCUGUCAAGGUGCCGAGAAGAGGAGGGGUUUAGGGUAGGUAUACUAGAGACACUGUUUGCUGCCUUAAGGAGUGUAGCCGGGACGGAUAUCACAGAGAUAGAUGGUUGGCCUGUUGUAUGAAU